UCGCUGGGUCUCGGCGGCGGCGGAGGUGACGUAGCCUCGGCUUAGCGGAGGUGGAAGAACGCAGCUCCCCCUGCCGAACCGGACCGUGGGACCCGCCGAGCCCCGGUGGAGCUGACGUGGAGCCGGGUUGCAGCCGGGUUGGAGCCGGGUUGGAGCUGGAUGGGUUCGCGUUAGUUUCCAGGAAGGCGCUUUGCACCAGUGAGGCUGCAGUGAAUCGAAUCCCCAAAGAAAACAACAUUCCUGCACACUGCAUCCAGCGGAGAGAGAAAAAAAACCCACGGUUUUAAUAGUCAGAGGAAGCAAAAAAGUGGGUUACAACAUUGUGUAUGUGUGUGUGUGUGUGUGUGUGUGUCAUGCUGUAUCACAUCAACACACACACACACACACAUUACCCCAUCUGUAAGCAGUCACUGUAGGUUUAGUGUGUGAAGAGCAAAUGAGCCCUUGUUUCUGCAUACUUGCAUAACGCUACACAUAACUGGGCAUCGUUUCAGGCCUGUGUAUAUGGUGUGUGUGUGUGUGUGUGUGUGUGUGUACGCAUGCAUCGUUAGUGAGAACUUUAGAGCUCCUCCAGAAAGUGUCUCAUAGGAAGCAGCCGGCAGAUCCCCUUGCAUUCUAGCGCUUAUCUGUUCAUGCAGAGUCCUGCGAGAAGGAAUCCGCGUUUUGUCAAGAGGUCGGAGGUCGGCGGCUCCACGCAGGGCGACGGGCGCGCUCGGCCGCGGCGUCGAUUCUCCGAGACGUUGGCGCUGCGGGGCUGCGGAGUGACGCUGUGGAGACGUUUGCUGGUGUCGAGACUAUCCAGAAAAACCUGAAGCUUCGAAGCUUCAGGCCAAAGAUCUUUUCUGACUGCAUGAAGAAAAGAGAAAAGCCCGGCCCAAACAGAUUUCUUGAAGACGAGAAAAACCUCACUGACAAACCGAGGGGAUCGUGAAGGGACGAUUUGAUCUGUAUAUCGUUUGUGUAGUAAUAGCAUCCCGCUCAGACACCAGAUCCUGGGGGUGAUGCAUGAGUCACAACGUUAUACACAUAAACACGACGUCACUGCGUUGCUUAAAUUCCUCCCCGCGAAUGUUUUCAGAACCAUGAUGUGAUGAACCGUCGCUCUGUGUAAUCAUGGAACAGAGACCGGACUUUCCCUUGGACUUAUAACACUGCUGCGAGUAUUGCUAUCUGUCGCUAGAUCGAGGUCCCCUUCCGGCCUCCAACUACACACUGUGUACACAGUGUGUCCACAAAUAGGUAAUCCCACACUAUCGCUGAGUGGGACAGACACACCUGUGUAACAAAUGCAACGCCUUCCGCUCUGGAUGUGUCCGCACAUUUCAUUCAUCCACUGGGUCUGCAGUGAUGUGAUUACUGCUCUAGUUUUAUUUAUCCAGCUUUAGUGCAUCUAGUAGAAAUAUGUCAUUGCAUAAUUUUGUAUAAUUACCAUAACAGCGCCUGCCAUAUGUGGUAUGUUAAUGAGUAAAUGUAUCCGAGGGGGGGGUUUGGGAGAGAGUUGUUGUAGCUGCAGACUUUCCCUUUCAGCUCAAAGGCCCUGCAGCCAAGUUGCCUUCCUUGGAAAGCUUUUGGCUGCUGCUUCUCAGAGCUGUAAAUCUCACUCGGGGCAUUAAUGGAGUGGAGCUGAAAGCAUGGACCGCUCUUCCUCCCGCCGGCCCGAGGAGCUGAUUGUUCCAGGCUUUCAGCGCUCGGCCAAUCAAAACCUGCCACAUCACCAUGAGGACGAUGUGGAUCUGGAGCAGCUGGUGAACGACAUGAACUCCUCCACGGAGAGCGUGGGCCCCGCGCAGGCCGACACGGCGCGGCUCCUGAACCGCGGCGGCGGCGGCGUGGCCGCUCCUCGCCAGCAGCAGGGACACGGCCAGGCCCACCACCGCCGCCACACCCCGCCUCUGCUGCCUUCCUGCCCCCCCAGGGAGAGGCUGCUGCAGUCUCAGCCGAUGCACAUCCACGCCGUCAGGUGUCUGCAGGAAGAGCACCUGCUGCGUCCGGCCUCCCUGCCUGCCAUCCCCAACCCUUUCCCUGAGCUCUGCAGCCCGGCCGGCUCCCCCGUCCUCUGCCCCCUGCAGACCUCCAACAACCACAUAGUGAAAGUGUGGAGCGAGGAUGGCGCCGGUAAAGUUGUGGAGAUCCCGGCUGACAUGACGGCCAGAGACCUGUGUCAGCUGCUGGUCUACAAGAGCCACUGUGUGGACGACAACGCCUGGACCCUGGUGGAGCACCACCACAUCCUGGGCCUCGAGAGAUGUCUGGAGGACCACGAGCUGGUGGUUCAGGUUCAAGCCUCCAUGAGCAGCGACAGUAAAUUCCUCUUCAGGAAGAACUAUGCCAAAUAUGAAUUCUUCAGGAACCCCCUGAACUUUUUUCCAGAGCAGAUGGUGGCUUGGUGUCAGGAGUCUGACGGCUCGAUCCCUCAGUCGCAGCUCUUGCAGAACUUUCUGAACUCCAGCAGCUGUCCGGAGAUCCAGGGCCAUCUGUACGUGAAGGAGCCCGGACGCAGGUCCUGGAAGAAGCUCUACAUGUUCCUGCGGCGCUCCGGCCUCUACUUCUCCACUAAAGGAACGUCCAAGGAGCCGCGUCACCUGCAGCUGCUGUCGGAUCUGGAGGACAGCAACGUCUUCACCGUCAUCACGGGCCGAAAACUCCACAACGCUCCGACAGAUUUCCACUUCUGCAUCAAGCCCAGCAAAGUGACGAGUGACGGCAAGGAGCUGAAGAUGCUGUGUGCCGAGGACGAGCAGAGCAGGACCUGCUGGAUGACGGCCUUCAGGCUCCUCAAAUACGGGAUACUUCUCUAUCAGAGCUACAACGUCCCCCAGCAGAGGAAGUCCAACCUCUCGCCUUUCUCCGCCCCGGUGCGCAGCGUGUCGGAGAACUCCCUGGUCGCCAUGGACUUCUCCGGGCGGACCGGCCGCGUCAUCGAAAACCCCCUCGAGGCCCAGAGCGCCGCCCUGGAGGAGGGACAGAGCUGGAGGAAACGGAGCCAGCGUAUGAAUGUCCUGGGGAGUCCCAGCCCUCUACACCCGUCCUCUCUGAGCACAGUGAUCCACAGGACACAGAUAUGGUUCCAUGGUCGCAUCAUGAGGGAGGAAGCCCACAAGAUGAUCAUCCAACAAGGCCAAGUAGACGGAUUAUUCCUGUUGCGGGACAGUCAGAGUAAUCCCAAGGCGUUCGUGCUCACCUUGUGCCACCACCAGAAGAUCAAGCACUUCCAGAUCCUGCCGUGCGAGGAGGACGGUCAGGUGUUCUUCAGCCUCGACGACGGCGCCACCAAGUUCACCGACUUGAUCCACCUGGUGGAGUUUUACCAGCUCAACAGAGGAGUGCUGCCCUGCAAGCUCAAACACCCGUGCACCGCUGUGGCCUUGUGACACUCCACGCCCCCCUACAAACACCCCCCGACCCUUUUUUUUUAUUUUUUAUGUACACGUCUCACCCUGAGACCCCCCCCCCCCCCCCCCCACCCUCAUCAGCCCCUUCCUUACCAACGCAAUGAGGGUGAGGAGAUGGAGAAAGGUCGGGUUUUGGGGACGUGAACUCGCGUCGGGUGGCUUGAUUCAAUGGGUUGUUGGAAUGUGAGAAACAAACUGCGUCCCAGCUCCUGCGACGUUGUCAUGGAGACUAAAUGAUUUGGUUUUGGCCCCCGUGAAGACGAACCAUUAACUAGACGGACAAGUAAAGUCUGCUCAAAAAAGGAGCCCUUCGGGGGUCUCUCUGACGGAGAGUCCCUCAGCCUUCAAAACCCUCCCUCAUCCUGCGGGGCCCGAUAAGCUGUGGUGACCGCCCGACCCCCCCUAAACCCACCCUCCCCUUGAUGCACCGGGAAGGACGGAGGAGCACCACCCUCUGACCUCUCUCAUCGAUAAUCAGGGAUGGACGGGAACCUCUCUGGGUCUCAUCAAACGUGAUCCAGGAGUUGUUUCAACCUGUGCAGUCCAGUCUCAAUAAGCUGACACCCCCCCCCCCCAGAUGAAAACCCCCCUGAUCCGGCAGAAAAAGUCUGGAAGGGAGGGAGAGGAGCCCGGCGAGGGUUUGCUGGAAGGACGGAGGAAUGUUAACCAGGAAAAGGCUGCAACAAGCCGCUCUUGUCCAGUUGAUUACUUGAUGUCAUUUUAAUGCUGUUUUAUUACUGUUGAUUCAUUGCAGAACUCGUUUUGCACUCCGGGGCGGACAGACGACAGCUGUUCUCCCUCCCUCUCCCUCCCCCUCUCUCUCUCUCUCUUUUAGCUAAACGAAGCCGCCUGCUCCUCCGUUCGCCCUCCUCCUCCCGCGUUGCCUUCUGAGAAUGCGCGUGAGCGUGCGCCGGUUUGCGGUUGGAUUACGGCGUGCCGUGGGGGAGCACACGGAGAGCCGGUGGCUCGGUUACGCGGUGCCUUUCGGGAAGGUCCGGGGUGAGACGUCUUUGACCCCCCCACCACCUCCCGUGUGGCUCGAGAACCAACAUGAACAUGCUUGAAGAAAAAAAAAAAAAAAAAAGAAUGUGCGUCUGAAGACAAUGAGGAAGAGGAGGAAGACUUGAAUGGACUCCUGAGAAGCGUGUCCCUCCCCAGGCUCUUUGUUUUUUUUUUAAUCGAAAGGGUUAAAUCUGUUGGGUGAAUUUGUCUGAAUGUCCUUUUUUCCCCCCCCUAAGUCUGUUAUGAGCUCACUACUUGCACAUUUUUGACGGGAUGGAGCUGUAAUUUUUGGAUUCUGACCACUGUUCCCUCUUUCCAGAAAAAGACAAACCAACAAAAGCACUCCCGUAACCUUUUUUGUUUGUUUGUUUGUUUGUUUUUAAUGUGGAAUUGAUCAAAUGACUUGAAAUGUGAACUCAGUUGAACUCCUGGAAUGAGAUUCACGCGCCUUAAGUGAAAAAAAAAAAAUGGGCCUUUUGUAUGAAAUCCAAACUAAACCGUAAUGCACAUACAGUAAAAUGUAUCAGGUGUCAAGAAGAUGAACAUCAACAGUGUAAAAGGUUAUGUUAAAUGGAUGGUUAAACAUUUUUGCAAAUAUUUUAUUUUACUUUCUUGUGGAGAGUUAAAGAUCGAGAGACAUAAAGAUCGAUACCAUUCUUAGCUUAGCUUAGCUUAGCUUAGCUUAGCUUAGCUUAGCUUAGCGAAAAGAGGGAACGAGUGGAAAUGGCUAACUUGGCUUUUCCGGACAUAUCAAAGUGACUCUGAAGAUCACAGAGUUUCACAUUGUGUAUUAAAAAAAAAGAAGAUUUAAAGUUUUACCAGUGGUUAUGUGCUGUAUUGUUGCCACUUCCCUUAAAUAAGCUAACUAGCUAUUAGCUAGUACAGUUGCUUUGUAUUAACAGUAUUUUUCUCAGUGUUUCAGAUAUACUAAAGGCAAGAAACUGGUAUCAAUUUACUUAUCUAAAUCUUUACAAGAAGGCAAAUAACUAUAUUUAGUGUUAAUGCAAACUGUCAUUUCUGGCCUAUUUUCUUCUGGGGAGCUGCACAGCGACGACGUCUUUAUCGAACAACACUUACGCAAUAAUCCACCACUGGACCAGCGUGCCUCGUAGCCAUCGUUGGUGAUGAGGUCACACAGGUGUUCAUUCAUUACUUUAGAGCUGAUGUUUUUAAAUCCAAAAUCCAAAUCCAAAAAAAAUUGUGAUUCCAGCUUCUCACACGUGAGCCUUUUCCUCGGCUUACGUUUUUUGUAUACUGAAUAUCGCAGUUGGUCAGAAAAAAUCCCCUUGGUAUCUACGAAUAUUAUAAUGCACAUUUCUUUUUUUAACUUUCUGACAUUUUGGAGACCACAAACAAUUCACGGAUCAAGUGAGAAAAUGCAUCAAAUUUGAAAACGAUCAACAUGAGCCUAACCGGCAGCAUUCUUAAUGAGGCCAGCUGGCUCCAUUUGUGUAGCAAUAGGUGAAUAUUUUGUUGAAAACCGCGUGGUCAUACGCAUGUCUGAUGGUUGCAGGAAGGUAAUGUGGGAGGAAGUGAAAGGAGACGAGGCAGGUAUACGAGGCAACGUGGGUUUGUAAAAAAGAAUAAUGUGACACUUAAUCAAAACAAAUCCCUUGAGGGCCAUCUUUUGUGUAGUUGGACUCGUUCCACCUGGGUAUACAAUGGCAUACAAAGUGACUUCGACAUGGGAUCUCAGUUUGUCCAUGAUUAUUUUGGGGUUGGGGAAACCAUGGACCACAUCUGGACACAAAAAAGAAUCGAUUGCGGGUAUCGCUGGACCGGAGGUGUUUGUUUACUGGCAUAUUUGGGUCAAUUCUUUGAAAGUAUCAAGCACUGAUUCCCGGCCCCACAAUUGACCCGUGGCCAAUCCGAAAAGAACCUUAUUAAUAGGCCCUCUCCUGAUCAUGUCAUGUGACCAGAACACCUGCUCAGCCUCACCUGCACCGCCCCUCCGUCCCCCCGCCCGCCCCGGCUAACUGAGCGCUCUGUCCAAGCACCGUCACCGACUCCGAUCCACUGCCACCGGUUAGUCGACCAAUCGCGUGGCUCGAAUGACUCACCAGCUCUCUGUGCUCCACCAAUCAGGCCUUUUUCAGUCAGCCAGUGCAGAUUCGCUCCAGGGAUUGGAUAAUGCUUGAAUCUCCAGCCCCCUCCCCCCCCCCCUCCCCCACCUGUGUCCAGCCUGUAAGCUAUGGCCCUGUGGAGAAUAUAUAUAUGUGUGUGUGUGUGUGUGUGUGUGUGGAUGGCCAGACUGUUAUAUUCAUUAUUCAGGAUUGCUUCGUCUGCUGCUUAUCAUCAUAACUUGCCUUUUUUUAGACGGUAAAGAGGAAGGUUGCUUGUCGGUCGGCUGAAGUCGAGCUAAGCCGUGGAUUUAGAGGAGCCGGGUGGGGGGGGCGGGGGCGCAAAGACCCUCGUCCUCCUCCCCCUGCUCCCUCCAUUAAUUAAUCACUGUGCUACAAUGCAAUCCCAUACACAAGCCCAAGUAUAUGAAUAUAGAUAGCAGUAUACAGUUUGUUACGUGAAGCUAUGGAGGCCGUAGAUGUUACACUGUACCUGGGUCACAGAUCACUAUGUUAUGUUUGUGCUCAUAACUCUGUGUAAAAUGAAGAAUGAUUCAUGUAGUCCUUCUUUUCCAUUAUUUGAUUGUGUGCAUAUUGACAUUUUUCUGUGCUUUCUUUGGCUUGCCACAAAAUGACCUUUUAAAUAUAUACAUAUAAACUAAGAAUAUACCACAGUAUUUACAGUAUUAAAUUAAGCAUUU